GCAAUCAUAAGACAAAGUCCCUGAGUUGACUCUGUUUCGGCCACAAGAUGAGGCGGCUUAGAUUUUCUUGGAGUGCCCUGAAACCUCUAAUCAUCAUCUGCACACCGCUGGCGAUUCUACCACUGCCACUGGUCAUCAAAACCAAGGUAGCAGAAUGUGCAUACAUCCUGAUUUUAAUGGCUGUGUACUGGAUGACAGAGGUUUUGCCUCUGUCUGUGACGGCACUUAUCCCCGCUCUGCUUUUUCCUCUUUUUGGGAUCAUGAAGUCCUCCCAGGUUGCAUCUCAAUAUUUCAAAGACUUCCACUUGUUGCUUCUGGGGGUCAUCUGUUUAGCAACAUCAAUUGAGAAAUGGGGUCUUCAUCGAAGAAUUGCCCUCAGAUUGGUGACCGGACUUGGAGUCAACCCUGGCAUGUUGAUGCUGGGGUUCAUGGUUGGCUGUGCUUUUCUCUCUAUGUGGUUGAGCAACACCUCAACUGUGGCAAUGGUUAUGCCAAUUGUGGAGGCAGUGAUCCAACAGGUUUUGAGUGCAAGUGAAGAGGCCAACAAAGACCACAAGGGGGCAUUAAACGGCAUCUCCAACCCAGCUCUUCAGCUUGAAGAUAUUGAGGCCCAGCAUGACCAGUCAGAGAAGAUAAAAAGCAUAGAAGCAGGCAUAACAGAGCCAGUUCAGACAACUCCUCCUGAGGAACAAGAAACUGCUAAGGCACCGACUCCACCGUAUAGUGGAAAGUACAGGACCCGCGAAGAUCACAUGAUGUGCAAAGGCUUGUCACUUUGUAUUGCCUAUUCAUCGUCCAUUGGGGGGCUGACCACAUUAUCAGGAACAUCCACAAACCUGAUAUUUGCUGAAUACAUCUAUCAGUACUACCCAGAAUGCACCAUCGUUAAUUUUGGGAACUGGUUCGUGCUUUGUCUUCCCAUCUGCAUAAUUAUGCUGAUUUUGUCAUGGCUGUUCCUGCACUGGAUGUACCUCGGAUCCAACUUUCGUGCCAGUCUUUGUUCCAGACAACGUUCUGAAAAAGAGAAAAUCACUGCCAGAGUGCUCCGGGAUCAUUACAACUCACUGGGUCCGAUCAGUUGGCAGGAGAUUGUUACAUUGAUCAUAUUCAUUCUGAUGGCAAUUUUGUGGUUUACAAGAAAUCCAGGGUUUAUGCCAGGCUGGUCAUCAUUGUUCUCCAAUAACCCAGGUUACGCUACAGAUGCCACUGUAGCACUGUUGCUGGGAUUCCUGUUCUUCCUCCUCCCCUCGCACACUGUUAGCAUUUCUGUUGUUAAUUUACAUUUUUGAUCCAUGUUACAGAGGCCUUGAUAACAGUGGAAGGACUUUCAGGCCUGUAUGCCAUGGGAGAUCAGUCUGCUCGUGGGUGGCGGUUUUGCUUUGGCUGAAGGAACAAAGAUUUCUGGUUUAUCGUCUUGGGUUGCUGAAUUGCUAACUCCCUUGGGAAGUCUUCCACCUUUAGCUACUGUCACCAUUGCCUGCCUUAUUGUCACAUCUAUCACAGAGGUUGCCAGCAAUGCUGCCACAAUGACAAUCUUUUUGCCUAUACUGGCACCCUUGGCUGAGGCAAUUGGAGUCAACCCUCUGUAUAUGCUGAUUCCCACGGCCCUGUCUGUGUCCUUCUCAUUCUUGCUUCCGGUUUCUAAUCCCCCUAAUGCUAUUGUCUUCACGUAUGGUCAUCUGACAAGCAUGGAUAUGGUAAAAGCAGGGCUGGGUGUAAACGUUAUAGGUAUUCUUACAGUCCUCUUAGCUCUCACUACUUGGGGAACACCUCUGCUUAAGUUGGACACCUACCCAGACUGGGCACCGGUGGUAAACAUAACUGGAGUAUGACCAUAACUGUGAACAUUUUAGAAAUGUGGACAUUUAGCUUUUUAAAAAUACACGGUAUCCCAGUUGCAGUUGAUACUGCAUAUUCCACAAUCCAAUUGUUUCAUUCCUUUGGAUCACUUGGACAAGAAGCUAAAACCAGCCUGCCUUAUCCAAUACAACAGACUAAAAAACUGGGUCUGAAAUGUGUUUGUUUAUAUGUUUUUGUAUUAUAAUAAUAUUUGUGAUUAUACAGAAUGUGUUAUGUUAAAUGUAUGUUUUAAGCUUUAAGCUGAGUUUGCAAGACAGGGUUAGUCUUGUUGUCUAACCAUAGCACUUAAUGUUUUAUAAGAUUGUAUAUUUUUGUUAUCCUCUAGCAGGUACUUGUACACAGUGAAUAGUAUGUGUGGAAUGUUGAAAAAAUUUACAAACAGCAUAGAUAAAAUAGAGAAAAUUCAAAACUGAAUAGAAUACAGUCUUACUUUCAGCAUUAGACACUCCUUAACAAUAACUUGCACAAAAUGGUGGCCAAAAAAAAAAAAAAAACAGCCAUUUAUUUAAAUGAGUCAUUCAACUGUUUGGCUUGCUAAAAUGUAUUCUGUCAUCUAGUUUAGUUUUAAGGGCAUCAGUCAAAGUGUUCAAUAUUUAUAUAUGUAUGUAUAUAUGGGGUUCGUUUUGAUACUAUUGUAAAAUUCACCUCACAGAAUGCGAUAUAUUUUAAAUGGAAACUCAACAUCAAUGUUUAUUUUACGUGUUCAUAUGUUUUUUGUGAGGUAUUUCUUUGUUAGAGAUUUCAAUAUGACAAGUCUGUAUUUAAAAACAAAACAAAACAUUUAAAUAUAACCUGAACCAUUCAUAGUCAUCAUGUACUAGCGGGAAUUCACACCUAUUUUCAAUAAACAAUGCUUUGAAAAAUCACUGUAUCAGUGUUAAUUGAACUUUUCACUGAGGAUUGUCUCAAGUCUAAUUACUGAAUCCCAAAAUUAAAUGUUUUGACAACUCUAGACUGAGUGGAAGUCUUAUCAAAGAGAUUCAAGAGGCAGAUUAGCUUUGAUGAAAUUAGGUUACACAGAACAAUUGCCAUUUAUGGGUGAGUAGCUGCAGAGAAGGGUGUUUACAGACAAGCCAUGCAGCUACAAAGAAAAGGAAUCUGAAAGUAUAUCUUAAUCAUUUCUUCCCAUAUUCAUUAGAGGAGAGGAUCUGAAAAUAAAACCGUAUACUAAUCAGUGUGACUUUAAUGGGGCAGCUAAUGCAAAACAAAGGAGGAGGCCUUAAUAUGCCAUUUGAAUGGGCCUGGGCUAAUAUUUGUUCUCAAAGUGAGCCAGUGAUGAAAACUAAUUCUAUAAACCGCCCACGUUAUGAUAAUUCAUGCUCAAAUCCUGCAGCCAUUGCAAUUCAAGGUCACUGUUCAGUUGCAUGUGAGGUAAUAGCAGCUUGUCUGAAGGGUCUAAUCUGAUUAUGUAUUAUUUAAAUCUUAUUUCUUGUAUGAUAAUUGUGGUUUGUGGACUAUUAAGUUUAACAAUUAUAAAGAU